AUGCGUGGUGCUGAGCAGGCUCAGCUCUCUCACACCAAGAUGUCUUGCUACGACCUGUGCCCACCAAAAACCAGCGUUGCCGUGCCCCAGCCCAUCGCUGAGAGCUGCAACGAGCUGUGCGCACGCCAGUGCCCCGACUCUACGGCCUUCAUCCAGCCACCGCCCGUCGUCGUCACCUUCCCCGGCCCCAUCCUCAGCUCCUUCCCCCAGCAAGCCGUGGUGGGCUCCUCCGGAGCACCCGCCUUUGGCGGCUCCCUGGGGCUGGGGGGCCUCUACGGCGCCGGGGCCACUCAGGGCUCGGGGGGCCUCUGCACCUUUGGCAGACCCUACGCUUCUCCUGCCUGCAGCCCCUGCGCCUUGCCCCGCUACAGCAGGAAGCUCUGGGACACCUGUGAGCCCUUCUAG